AGACUGUGUAGCUCUCCAGCGCUCGCUCUCUUCUCAGACGGCAGCAUCGAGCGCGGGGCAGCAAGGAGACAUGGCCCUCCGACACAUCACGCUGCUGCUCGCAGGACUUCACGUCCUCAUUUGCAAAACAUGGGCCAAGGUGGAGGUGAACAUGGAAGACAGGAUGAAGGUGUACUUAAACAGCAAUGUUGAAAUCCCCUGUAUAUACAUUUCAGGAGAGCCGGCCUUGACGAUUGUGUGGUCUACGAAAUUACCCAGCAGGGACCAGGUCAGCAGAAGAAUCUACUACUAUGAUGUACCGAAUGAGAUUAUUGAUGAGGGCACUGAUUACACUGGACGGAUCAGUGUCAGACACACUCAUGACAACAGCAUUGGGCAGGGAAUUAUUAUUCUGACCAUUGAAAAGGUGCGACUGAGUGAUGAGAGGGAGUUUAUCUGCACGGUUCACAAUGUGUCUACAGAGCACGGUGAAGGACACACUCAACUCCAAGUCUUCAAUUCACCAUCGAUACCUGUGAUUGUAGUUACACACACUGGAAUUUCUGUCAAUGCCAUGGGGCCAUCAAAGAUCGCAGACUGUAUAGUGAACAAUGGGUACCCUAGACCCAACAUCACAUGGUACAGGGACAGAUUCCCUCUUCAGAACACAGAUGGUGUGGUAAAAAUCAUGGAUUCAGUGAUAAAGAAUCCCAGCGGUCUAUUCACAGUAGAGAGUGGACUUUUCAUUAAGGUUGUGAGGGACGAUGAGAAUGCAAAGUUCUACUGUGAGGUCAAUUACUUCGUCCCUGAAGGAGUGAAAAUGACAGAGUCCAAUCCUGUCAACAUCACAGUUUACUACCCCACGACAGAAGUUACACUGUCUACAAAUCUUAAUAAUUUGCUUUUAAAAGAAGGCGAGACUGUGGAGAUCAGAUGUAAGGGAAAUGGAAACCCUCCGCCCCUUUUCACUUUCAAACAUAAGGAGGAGGUGUUGGCAUCAGAGAAUGACCUACUGAUUCUGGAUAAUCUCAAGAGAUCACAUAGUGGGACCUAUGAGUGCCAGACAUUUGAUUUAUACACAUCUCAAGAGGCCCAUGGCUCCAUCAAUAUCGAAGUACACUAUCUGGAUCCUGUUGUGGUGACACCAGAGGAGAUGGUACUGGACCAGGGGGGAGAUCUCACCUUAACCUGCAAUGCCUUGUCUUCUUUACCCGUAUUCACGGCAUGGUAUAAGGAUGGGAUGCAGGUCUGGGACAAGCAUGUUUUAACUUUACACAAUGCCUCCUAUGACACAGCUGGGAUGUAUAUGUGUGAAUUGACUGUCAGGGUCAUUCCAAAGCUACAAAAACAGAAGUCUGUACAAAUCCAUGUGAGAGGAAAGCCUAAUAUCAAAGAGGGAAUUGCAGUGGGCCUGGUGAAUACAGUUGACCAAUCUGUAAACCUGACAUGCUAUGCACAAGGAUAUCCCUUCCCCAACAUGAGUUGGGACCUCUCUGACCAACAUAGCCAGUCUGUCCCUAUCCUGAAUGUGGAGGACCAUGAGACAACCAAUGGUGCUGUCAGUAUGAUCACUGUCAAUGCCACUUCAGAACUCAUAGCUAACUGCAACGCCUCAAAUGAAUUUGGGACAACCUCUGUUUCUCGCAACAUUGAAGUCUUUGCACGAGGAACCACAACUACAACUAAUGCUCCCAGCACUAAAGGACACAGGCAGGCUUCACGUCAGGCCUGCUAGACUCUGCCUAUGACCUCAUGGGACCUGACAGCUUGGCACCAGAGCAGAUGAGAAAAAACAGCAAAUCUCACUUGGGGAUAUCAGCUGACCAUUCUGCUCCUUUAUUUUUGGGUAUUCUCAAAGCUGUUCUCUCUCUCACUGUUUAUGCUGAUAGUUAGGAAAAUAACCAGAGAUAAAGGGACCCCCCCCUUUAAUCACCCCCAUGUUGUUACAAACCAUCUUUCUUCCAUGAAGCAACAAAAGGUAUUGUUCAACAGAAUGUUAGCCUCAGUCACCAUUCACUAAAUUGGAUGGAAAAAAAGAUGCAAUAAAAGUGAUUGGUGGCUGAGACUAACAUACUGCCUAACUUCUUUUGUGUUCCACAGAAGAAAGAAAGUUAAACAAAAUAUUUUGCUCUCAAACAAAAUAAGCUUGUCUGUGUAAAGGACAGAUUAUGGCCAAAUGAGUCCCUCGGUCUUCAUCCUCUUUGCAGGCCCUCUCUUGUCACAAUUGCAAGAUGGAAAGCCCAAUUAAAACUUAACAUUGCAGUUUAGAAAAAUGUCACAGUUUGCGAGUCGCAAGGUUGCAAAACGAGAAAAAUGAGCACACCAUGUUCGUAAAACAUUCGAAAAGAGUACAAAUGAACCAUGUUCAACAUCAAAUCUGCAACAAGGUGUUCAGGGGGAACUGUUAGUGUUGAGGAGAGGCCAGAAACAGAUGACAUUAAAAAAAAUAAAAUGAAAAUAUUUAUUUCAAAUUGUUUCCAUGGUGGGACUCUUUUAGUUUUCUCUCAUUUCGAGGCCCCUGAUUCAGUAAGUUUAUGCACAGUUAUUUUUGACAAAGUUGGUUGGCUCUGCAGUACACGCUGAGCAACACAGCAAUAUUAAAUGUUUAUCAUAUUACAAUCAAACUGCAAUGUUUGUCAAAAUGAACCCUUCCUAAAUGUUGGCUUGUAACAAGUCACAGAUCAUAGCAAUUGUCAGCGAUCUAUUCUAAUCAUUAAGGUAAAACAACAAAAUUAUGUCUCUGGUGUCUUCCAGGUGUCUUCAAUGUCUCAGGACUUAUUAGGGUCACCUCCUGAGUCAUUGAACUCUAUUCAGUUCCAAAAUCCUAUUGUCAACCAAUCGAUGAUGUUUAUUCUGUCUGGAUACUUAAGGGGAACUCGCAAGAGGCUCGGGGGAAUUUUGUAGCCAGAUGAACCCCAGGGUGUUAUGUGUUAUAGACUCACAGCACCAUGUCUUGUUAUAAAAGUCAGGUAUGCAUCUCUUACUCUAAAGAUUCACCUUUGAGUAUUGGAUGUUUUGGAUUGAUAAUUUCUGAAUUGAUAAAUUAUGUAAUUGGCAUGAUACACAUUUACCUGACUAAUAAAUUGUUAAACUUGAAUCUAUUCAAGGGCCUGAGUAACUCAGUGAGUAUUGACGCUGACUACCACCCCUGGAGUCACGAGUUCGGUCUUCAAAGCAACCAAAUUGGCCCGGAUGCUAGGGAGGCUACAGUCACAUGGGGUAACCUCCUUGUUGUCACGAUUAGGGGUUCUCGCUCUCAACAGGGUUUGUGGUAAAUUGUGUGUGGAUCGCGGAGAGUAGCAUGAGCUUCCACAUGCAGAGUCUCUGUGGUGUCACUCACAACGAGCCACGUUUUAAGCUGCGCGGAUUGACUGUCUCAAAAGCGGAGGCAACUGAGACUUGGGCAUUCCAAAUUGGGAGAAAAGGGGAUAUAAAUACCCCCCAAAAACUUGAUUCCAUUCUGAUUUAUUCUGAAAUUAUUGUCUUUAGAAGAUUACGUUAAUCCCAUGUUACCUCAAAUCUGCAAUCAGGAUUAGUACACACUAAGGUCCAGUGUUUGAUGGAGCAUGAAUCACAUCCACUCAGAUUUUAGCUUUCUGACUAACCAUUUAUCUUUAUUUAAGUGUAACAGACUGUAAAGGCUAAAAGAAAGUACUAUUUGGGAGUACAUAAUUUUGAUUCAUUUUGAAUGUUUAAUUCAUAUAGUGCUAAAAGUUAAGUGAUAAAUUACAUUCUAUAAAAAAAAAAUCUGUUUUCACACUUCUGAUGGAGUUGACAAACGUAAUAUAUUUUUCCAUCUUCAGGGUUUUUUUUUCUUUCUUUUUCUUCAUCAGUUGAAGCUGCCUCUUUAACCUAAACUAAAUUGCCAAAAUUAUUCUACAAUUCUAACAGAAAUUAUUGCAACCGAUGACAAAGAUGAAAUGUUGAAGCUGUG